AUGGGAUGGCAUAUACAGAGGUACAUAGCGAAAGCAGGGAGGGCAGUCAACCCGCUGACGUGGUACAGAGUAUGGAAGACGAGCGAGGGCAAACAGUUAUCAGACGUUGCAAGGAGCAUCGCAUACGGACUGAACAACGAGUUCGCGCAAAUCGGAAGGGUGAGCCAGUACAGAUACUGGUGGUGGGCUAAUCCGCUGGGAGCAGGACUGGUUGUCUACGGAAUGUACAAGUUCUGGUACCUGUCAUACAUGGCACACAAGCAGAGAAAAGUGGCUCAAGUGGUAGCGGGAGCAUACGGCCAGGGAGGCCAGUGGUUAAACCCGGUCCCCAAAUAG